UGAGAAUGAAAGCAGAUGCUUCAAGUUCCCAGAGAGACGAACCGAGGGACUACACAAAAAUUCUCUGGUAGAAAGAAACGGGACGAACGACAGUCCCUUUCCGCGCUGCCCCACAAGCGCCACGCCCCGGCCCGGCCCGGCCCGGCCCAGCUCUUCCGGCGCGACGCGAGCUCCGCGAAGUCCAAUGGGAGCGCGGGGUCGGGGUUGCGCACGCGCGGUGCAGACUCGCCCGGAAGUCAAUGUCUUGGUGCUGAGCGCGAACCUAAGAAGAUGAACCCUUUAACUAAAGUGAAGCUGAUCAACGAGCUCAAUGAGCGUGAGGUCCAGCUUGGGGUGGCAGAUAAGGUGUCCUGGCACUCCGAGUACAAGGAUAGCGCCUGGAUCUUCCUGGGAGGGCUUCCUUAUGAACUGACUGAAGGGGACAUCAUCUGUGUGUUCUCGCAAUAUGGGGAGAUUGUUAACAUUAAUCUGGUGCGGGACAAGAAGACUGGGAAAUCCAAAGGAUUCUGUUUCCUUUGCUAUGAAGACCAGAGGAGCACAAUUCUGGCUGUUGACAAUUUUAAUGGGAUCAAGAUCAAAGGAAGAACUAUCCGAGUGGAUCAUGUGUCUAACUAUCGUGCUCCUAAGGACUUGGAAGAAAUAGAUGAUAUGACCAAAGAACUCCAGGAGAAGGGCUGUGGGGCUCACACCCCCUCAGUGAGUGCAUCUGAGGGUUCUGAAGAUGACAAACCCCCCAAAAAACACAAAAAAGACAAAAAGGAAAAAAAGAGAAGAAAGAAAGACAAAGAGAAGACUGCCCGGGAGGUACUGGCAGAGCAGCCAGCCGCCUCUUCUUCACCCAGAAGCAAGAUGGUAAAGGAAAAAGAUGACCCUGGCUCUAAAAAGCACAGCACCAAGAACUCAGAGAGGGGUCAGAAGUCAGAGCCCAGAGAGGUGCGGAAGCACCACCCCAGCUCUCCCGAGGUCAGAGUGACCUGCCGCGAUGGAGCAGAGGACAGAGAGAGGGAGCUGAAGAAAGAAAAGCUGAAGCAUGAACAUAGGUCCUCAACCAGGAGGGAAGAAAGAGAGGAAAAGAACAGAGAUAGAGGUCGAAGCUCAGACAGACCUUCCAGCCGGCACAAUGGGCGUUCUGAGGGCCGUACUCAGAGAAGUAGAAGUAGGAGCCGAGCGAGGUCGCACAGGCAUAAGAGGGCCCGGCACUCGCGGGACCGGGAGUCCUCUAACCCCAGUGAUCGCAGGCGCCACUGAAACUGCGGCCUGUCUGACUGCCUGAUAGAACUGGAAAUGAACUUGAUCUUUAAAAUGCAAUCAUAUUCAGUUAUGCUUUUACUGUUACCAUAAGUCAAAUCUCUGAGGCUGAAUUCUUCCAAUCCCUUGAGUGUUAGAGUCAUCGAGAGCUGUAGUUUUAACAGCUAAAUUUGGUUUUAUAAAUGUGGCCCUUGAAUUUAUGAUCCCAAUUUAUGAUGAAAUUGUCAGGAAAGGGGAAAUACCAGGCAGUUCUAGAAUUCUGGUCUUUGUGCUAGAGGUGUAGGUGACCUUUCCAGUUGGCAGGUACAGCCAUAGCAUAGAGAAGGGUGGUUUAACUAGGUCUGGACAGCUUGAUGUGAAUGCAAUAGUGAUUCUUAACACCAGGCCGCUCCCUCUGCACUCCACCCUGCUUUUAAAAAAAUUUUUAAAUGUCUCUUUUUUAACAUCCACCCACCUCCUUGCUAUUUAUUUAUUUAUUUAUUUAUUUAUAUCGAGGUGAAAGUCACAUAACAUCAAAUUAACCAUUUUAAAGGGAACAAUUCAGUGGCAUUUGGUACAUUCAUGGUGUACCAAACCACCACCCCUGUGUAGUUCUAAAACAUUUCCAUCACCCCCAGAAUGAAACCCUGUGCCUGUGAAGCAGACUCUGCAUUCCAUCCUCCUCGUCCCUGUCGACUACCAAUCUGCUUUCCAUUCGUGGAACUACCAUUUUAUACAAGUGGAGUCAUACAACACACGGCCUUUUGUGUCUGGGGUCUUCCACUUAGUAUGUUUUUGAUGUUCAUCCAUGUAGCAUGGAUCGGUACUUUGUUCCCUUUUUAAAAAAGAUUUUUAAGAACUUAUUUAUUUGUCAGAGAGAGAGAGCACAAGCAGGGGGAGCGGCAGGCAGAGGGAGAAGCAGGCUUCCCGCUUAGCAAGGACCCCGGC